GAAAAACCCUCGCAAAUCGUUAGAACAGAAACUAUAACGUCUCUCUCUCUCUCUGAGUUUCACUCUCAUAUAUAUAUACACACAUCAUUUUCAGAAUCAAAUAUUCUCUGAAUAAUUCAAUUUCUACCCACUUCUCAACAAUUUUCUCUCUCCUUUUCCGAUCUGUUUUCCUCAUUUUUCCGGAAAAGUUAUUGGGAGACGCAUUUUCCCGGAAAAGCUUAACGAGGGGAUAAUUCUAAAUUAAUAACUCUUAGUUUCAGUCAUUUUGAUAAUUUCUUUGGUUUUUUUUUUUUUUUUGGUUGUUGUUGAUUAGAUCUCUGUUAGCAUUUUUAGCUGAGAUCAAGAGAGGGUAAUGGCGGGUUGUUCAUCGAGUAUUCGGUUUUCACUGCAUGUGGGUUUGCAAAAUGAGGUUGUUUCUGGGACUGUCCGGAAUCAGAAUUUGAAGAUUGCUGACAUUCGAAUCAUUUCUUGUUCGAUGAAAAGUAGAGACUUUUUGUAUAAUAAGAGGAAACAGAGGCUUGUGGUUGUGAAUGCUUUGAAUUCGGAUUCUGAGCCCCAAUCUGGUGUUGUAGAGACAAUUUUUUCGAAAGAAAGUGAUGGUGGUGGUUCUGUUGGGAAGGAUUUUGGGGUUUUGGAAGCUAAUUAUGUACCAGAAACUAGUUGUGGAGGUGGUGGCGAUGAUAAUGGUAAUGGGAAAGUUUUAGGUGGUGGUGGUGGUGGAGGUGGAGGUGGUGAUAAUGAAGGGGAUGAUGACAAGGAAGAAGAUGAGUUUGGGCCAAUAAUGAAGUUUGAGGAGGUGAUUAAAGAAGCGGAGGCUCGGGGGGUUACUCUUCCGGUGGACAUGUUAGAGGCGGCGAAGAGUGUAGGAAUUCAGAGAGUGCUUCUGAUUAGAUAUUUGGACUUGCAGGGGUCAGCAUGGCCUCUAGGAUUUGCAAUGAAGUCUUGCUCUAUGCUUCGGAAUCGAAUGUUGGCUGACCCAGCUUUUCUUUUUAAAGUUGGAACAGAGAUUGUUAUAGAUUCUUGUUGUGCUACAUUAGCAGAAGUUCAAAAGAGGGGCAAAGACUUCUGGGCGGAAUUUGAGUUGUAUCUUGCAGAUCUGUUGGUUGGGGUGGUUGUUAAUGUUGCUUUAGUUGGUAUGCUAGCACCUUAUGCUCGUAUUGGGCAACCAUCUCUAUCUAAAGGGGUUCUUGGACGUAUGCAACAUGCUUAUGCCGAUCUUCCUAGCAGUGUAUUUGAAGCUGAAAGGCCAGGAUGUAGGUUUUCGGUGAAGCAAAGGAUUGCUACUUACUUUUUCAAGGGUGUUAUGUAUGGAUCAGUUGGGUUUGCAUGUGGUCUUAUAGGUCAAGGCAUUGCAAAUUUGAUAAUGACUGCCAAGAGGAACAUAAGAAAAUCAGAAGAGGACAUACCGGUUCCACCUCUUAUUAAGAGUGCAGCUCUUUGGGGUGUUUUCCUAGCAGUGUCUUCCAACACCCGCUAUCAGAUUGUCAAUGGAUUGGAACGGUUGGUAGAAUCGUCUCCUAUUGCAAAGCAGGUUCCACCUGUCGCAAUGGCUUUUACAGUUGGUGUGCGAUUUGCCAACAAUGUCUAUGGUGGGAUGCAAUUUGUGGACUGGGCCCGAUGGAGUGGGGUGCAAUAACUGUAUGUCUUUCUUUUUUCUUUUUGCUUAAAAUGAAGCAUUCCCUGAAGUGUUUUGUUGGAGUUAAUAUCAAAGAAUGUGUCCAACGCAAACAUUACUAUGAUGCUUGGAGACCUUGAACCUUUUAGAAACAAGCACAAUGAGCAUUUUAUGGGGGCAGUUUUCAUGUAUUUUUCAGUAGGGGAUUUUCCUGGUAUUAAUGUUGCAAUUUUGACAACCACCUCUCUAUACUUGGUAAUAAUGUGUGCACAAUUCUAGUU